AGGGAUUGAGUUCUCUUUGCUCUGAUGAGCCACCUUCAGAAAUUAUGACUUCUUCCUUUUUUUCAUCUUCUGAAAUACAUAACACUGACCUUACAGUACUACGUGGAGAAAAAAGCAAAGUAUUAGGCAGCCAGCCUAUUUUAGCCAAAGAAGGAAAAGACUGUUUGGCUCUUCUAGAUGUGAAAAAGAUGGACAAGCCUCAGGGGACCAGUAAAGACAUAGCAGACUCCCCAGUAUCUGUUGCAGAAGCAGUUCACUGUAACCGUCCUUCCAUUCCAGCCAGUUUCCCAGAUCAUCCAGCCUUUCUCUUAAAGGAAACUGGUCAAAUGGAACAGCAAAUAAAUAAAGAUCAAGAAUCCAAGAACCCAAAUGAGGUACCAAGUAAGGACGAUAAAACUGCCUUGGAUGCCGAUGACAAGUUCACUUUGCUAACAGCCCAGAAAGCACCCACUGAGCAAUCUAAACCAGAAGGCAUUUGUGCAUAUUCAUUGUCCCCCUCUGAAGUUUCAGGAGGGGAUAUUUUGGAAAAGGAUUCCCCUGAAUCACCAUUUGAAGUAAUUAUUGACAAAGCAGCAUUUGAUAAAGAAUUUAAAGAUGCAUAUAAGGAGAGCACAAGUGAUUUCGGUAGCUGGGCAGUGCACACUGAUAGAGAAUCACCUGCAGACAUUUUGGAGUCUAAUGACAAAGUAUUUCCACUGAGAAAUAAAGAAGCAGGAUGUUACCCAACCUCUGCAUUCCUCACUAGACAGUUUUCACACACCACUGCAGCAUUGGAGGCGGUGUCUAGAUGUGUGAAUGAUAUGCAUAACUUUACUAAUGAGAUACUGACUUGGGAUUUCGUUCCCCAAGUGAAACAGAGCGAUAAAUCUGACUACAUCACAACAACUACAGGACUUGACGUGAGUGAAUAUAAUUCAGAAAUUCCAGUUGUAAAUAUCAAAACUGGCACUCACCAGAAAAUUCCUGUCUGUUCUAUUAAUGGGAGCACUACUGUCCCUAAAUCAACAGGUGAUUGGGCAGAAACCUCUAUCCCACAAGAAAAUGCUAUGCCAGACUGUCUCAAUUCCACAAAGGAAAUCAGUAUCAAAGGUGUGCGAGGCAAUGUGCAGAAAGGAGAUGACACACUUUCAGAGUUAUCUGGAUCUCCAUUGGAGAAAUGUGUCUCUCUGGGUUCUGGAGUGGCCACAGUGAAAGUUGUUUUACCUGAUGGCCACCUGAAAGGUGAAAUGAACUGGCAGACUUCUGUGUUGGGAGAAGUGACAGAGGCUGAUAGUUCUGGUGAGUCUGAUGACACAGUAAUAGAGGACAUCAUAGCAGAUAUUUCAUUUGAAAGCAACAAACUUCAGGCCGAAAAACCUGUUUCCAUUCCAAGUGGUGUUGUAAAAACAGAUGAAAGAGAAAUCAAAGAGACUGUUGGUUGUAAUAGGGAAAACAGAACAUAUGAAAACUUUGAAAGGUUGAUCCGUGACUCUGAGCCACGACAAGUUCAGUCUGAUAUUCUUGAAAAGAGUCCAGCUGGUGAGGCAGCAUGCUCACAAGUACCUGAUAUGAAUGUCACAUUGGAAGAUGUGAAGCAGUCAGACAGUAUGAGUGUAGUUGCUCCUGAAAAGCCUGUUGCAACUGAGAACCCAAAACUGCCUUCAUCAGCAUCUCCAAAUGUUCUUAAUGAUAAGACAGAAUUCUCACUAAAUGUGACAACCUCUGCUUAUUUGAAGUCAUUGCAUGAAAAAAGUGUUAAAGAUAUAGAUGAUUCUUCCCCAGAGGACCUGUUAGCAGCCUUUACAGAAACCAGAGAGAAAGGAAUAGUAAUUAAAGGUGAAGGAAAUACCUUUGAAGCAACAUUAGAGAAAACUAAGAACUUUAAAACAACCCUUCCUGUAGAAACUUUGCAUGAAAGUGAGUCAGGUGGUUCUGAAAUUGAAGAUACAGAAAUCAAAUAUGAUGAACAGAGCAAAGAAACAGAUGGAAGUGAGCUUUUGGAUGUUCUCCCUACCCAAGGUACUCCAGUAGCAUCUCUCGACUUAGAACAGGAACAGCUCACAAUCAAAGCCCUUAAAGAGUUGAGUGAAAGGAAGGUUGAGGAGUCAGCUUCUGCACAGGAUAAAGUAGAAUCUCCUUCUGAAGAAAUGCACAAGCAGACUUUAACAUUCGCUCCAGAAUCUUCAUGGCCACAGAGAUCAUAUGAUGUCCUAAAACACAAAGAUGUCAAGACUGAAUCUGAUCUUGGGAUUUCCAAGAAGUACACUGUUAUGAAAGAAACUACUAGGGUAGAUAUUACUUCCAACCUUAACAAGACUGAACUGGUAAACAAGCAUAUCCUAGCAAGACUUCUGGCAGACUUCUCAGUGCACGACUUGAUUUUCUGGAGAGAUGUGAAGAAGACUGGCUUUGUCUUUGGCACCACGCUGAUCAUGCUGCUUUCCUUGGCUGCUUUCAGUGUCAUCAGUGUGGUUUCUUACCUCAUCCUGGCUCUUCUGUCUGUUACCAUCAGCUUCAGGGUCUACAAGUCUGUCAUCCAAGCUGUACAGAAGUCAGAAGAAGGCCAUCCAUUCAAAGCCUACCUGGAUGUAGACAUCACUCUGUCCUCUGAAGCUUUCCAUAAUUACGUGAACGCUGCCAUGGUGCACAUCAACAGAGCCCUGAAACUCAUUAUUCGUCUCUUUCUGGUGGAAGAUCUAGUUGACUCCUUGAAGCUGGCUGUCUUCAUGUGGCUGAUGACCUAUGUUGGUGCCGUUUUCAAUGGGAUCACCCUUCUGAUUCUUGCCGAACUGCUGAUUUUCAGUGUUCCAAUUGUCUACGAGAAGUACAAGACCCAGAUUGAUCACUAUGUUGGCAUCGCCCGUGAUCAGACCAAGUCAAUUGUUGAAAAAAUCCAAGCAAAGCUCCCUGGAGUCACAAAAAAAAAGGCAGAAUAAGUACAUGGAAACCAUGGAACCAGUACCAGAACCAGUACAUGGAAACAGUUACUAAAACACCAUUUAAUAGUUACAAUGUUACUUGUACUUUGAAGGAACAUGCUCACUGUCAGCUUGAGCCUGCAUUCCAAGCUUUUUUUUUCUUAAUUUGGUGUUUUCCUCCCCCUUCUUUCCCUUUACCCUCAGUAUCAAGCACAAGAAUUGUUGGACUAAAAAAAGAACUGCUAUCUUAGAACCCAAAAGAAUAAAGAAAGAAUGAAAUAAAUAGGAUAAAUCAGUACCUUAAGGUGGUGGAGCUUUUACCCUGUAGCUUGAAAGGGGAGGGGGGAGGGUGGAGGUGAAGGAGAAAAUGAAAAAUAAAACACAUCUCUUGGGUUCUUCUAUUCAAUUUUCAAGGACUAGUCUUACACAGCUUCCCAUUUCCCAUCAUAGUUUUGCCCUUAUUUUUAAGUUAAGAAAUAAUGAUUAACUUAUGAAGAAAUUAUCUGGGAACAGGAGUGGGAUUCCUUCCCUUGUUGUUUUGUUUUGUUUCUGCAGCCCUCUGAUCCCAUCUUCCUGCCCCACAAUGUGAGCAGCUACUCCUAAUCUUCUUCGUUUAACGAUGUAACUUUCAACUCUGAAUAACUUAUAGGUGAUAGCGGUAAUUCCUGUUUCCCAGAAUGCCAUCUGAUAACCAAGAAUGGUGAUGCAGAGUAGGCUGGAGGAGGGGCGCACGAGAGCACUGCUGUGACUCCCACUCACGCUUAGGAAAGGAAAGGCUCCGCCAUCUGGGUCGGUGGUGUCUGGUCGUUUCUUUUGGACACCAGUCUGAAUUUCGUUUGAGAAUUUAUUCCUGAAUGUGCUUUCCUCCCUCUUUCCUACCCUCAAUAAAUAUGGUUGUACUUUUCUUAUUAUAAAAUAAAUGUCUGUAACUGCUGUACACUGCUGUAAACUUGUUAGAGAAAAAAAUUAAUCUGCAUGUGGGCUCUUCAGUUAUUGAAUUAUAAUCCUGUCUCAGUCCGUUGGGGGGAACAUUCUCAAGAGGUGAAUUACAGAAACAUAAAGGCCUUUUUCUCUUUUCUCCCUACAGCUUCCUCCUUCACAUGCUACAUCUUUAACCUGUGUUCAUCGUUUUACCCUAAGGACCAAAGCCGAGCUGGCUUGAGAGGAGAUUGUGUCUGUAGUUAAGAGACCACAAAUUAGUGUAGGGAAGUGCAUUUUGUGGUUCAUACGGAGUUUUAAAACUUGGAGACUAGCUUCUUGGGUGUGUUAUGUUUUGAGGGUUCCUUUCAUUUUCAGGCACAUAAAAUGUCUUAGCACCUCUACCUGCUGUGGGGUGCUUCUUUUGAGAAUGUUUUCCAAGAAGCGUUUCGUUAGGUAAGGGUGACCAGGCAGGGCCAGACUGUGUUGAUGGGCUCUGUGCACAAUUAAAAGACAACAGAACAGUUCACACUGACAUCAGAUGGAGGAUGUUUGGGAAUCUUCAAUUCCUAUUGGAGACUGAUAAGUGUCUUCCUCCCCUUCUAACAGAAAAAUUCAGUAAACUUGAAAGAAAAGUCAUCUGUGGGUUCCUUCAGGUUGUAACUCAUAGUCAUGAUAAUCUGGAGGGAAUAUGCACUGGUGACUUGAAAGUAAGGGCUACGAUCUGUUACGGUCCCAAAGCAGUGCAACUUUGUAGAAGGUAGUGGAAGUUUUCUUUCUACUUUUUUGGGGAAAUUACUUAGGAAUCGCCUUACUCCACUUAUUUUCUUGGCCCCCUUUGUAACUGAUUUCAUGUCGUAGUAGGAAAUGCAUUCUCUGUCGCCAUCCUUUGCCCUCCCAGGAAGUCAGUGCACUGAUCAUCUUUUUGGGCUUCCCCUCCAAAGGACCUUUUUCUUUACUGGAAGCCUCCACACCUAGCUCUGUUUUGUUAUUGUUGUGUUUAGAUAAUUGGACAGAUCCUUGUGCCACACAGGAAUUUUUUGUUUUUUUAAGAAUCUAUAGAUGAAAAAUUAACUAAUGAAACUGUGUACGUGUUAAUGUGCGUGCAACAUAAAAAUACAGUAGCACCUAAGGAGCUUGAAUCUUGGUUCCUGUAAAACUGCAAAUUGAUGUGGUAUUAAUUAAAAAAAAUGAAACAAAA